UUCAUCAUCGCACAUUUAAACGCCAGGAAACCAGCGGCUCAGGCAGCGGUGGCUGCCACGUUUGCAAAUCUCUGUCUGCUUCUUCACUUAUCAACUUCUUCCGGCUGUGAGGCGAAGAAGAUUGCCCUUAUCCAUGCUCUAGUCAGUAGUUGUUCUCCUGAAAACUUAGGAAUUCAGAUUGACCUCAGCGAACAAGCAAUUUUCUACAUUUUACAGGGAAUCGUUACUCUGCUAUGGGGUGACAAACCGACUGUGGACUAUGCUUGCCAGCUAAGUUUGAACUUAAUUAUUACCAAAUUGAAGGACGCGACUUCUGAAGAAAAGUCUAAGGAAAUAUCUCGUUCUAUUGAACGAAUGAUACUUGUUUGA